AUGAAAAAGUCGCAGCGAGAUGAGACGGAGAGGAAGAAAUUUAGACCUCUGUGUUCGAAAGAGCACGCCUUGCGAGUAUGGAUGACGCAGUAUUCUUAUUUUUUCGACAGAAGCAACAGCAAUCCCAACGAGGCGGAAGAGAUUGAAAAAAUUACAAUGUUGGAUUCGUACGACGACGCGAACUUUCUCUUUCACGUCUUCAACGACAUUUUCAAGAGCAAAGACAAAAACGAAAACGAGAGUAAGAACAGACCAAUAACAAAGUUCAUCGUGAAGUUUCACAACGGCGUAGAUUCGGUGGAACCAAACGCACGUUUAUUGGACUGUCACGAGUUUGCCAUGGAUUGGCUUUCUGAAAAGAAUAUAUGCACCUCUGCAGUCAUGCUCACAAAGUCGGGAGCGACGCGUUUCGAGUGGACCGAUGGUGAUAGCACGAACAACGAUAGUAAUAACGAUCACAUAAACAAUAGCGCAGAAAAGAACCAAAUGAAACACGCCGUGAAAGUGUUGCGGUACGUUGAGGGUACUUUACUUAUAGACGUAGUCAACGCCUUGGCGGAGAAACCGGAGGAACAGAAGGCGUUUUGGCGCAGAGUCGGCGAGUUUGUGGGUGAAAUAUCCGCGAGUUUCCUGCAAUGGAAUCCUGAAACGCCUUCGAUUAAAGAAGAUGGGAAAAGGCUUUAUCGCACACUAGCAACGCGCGAGUCUUUGUGGGACGUGCGAAACUUUGAAGACGUCCGAAUGUUUGUGGAUGCGUUAAAAAGUAAAGGAGAAGGACUCAUCAAGGACGAAAACGCCAUCGAGCAAGUUUUCGAAUGGUACGAAGAACGCGUCAAUAGCAUUCGAGACGAUGCGAAGAAACUGCGAAUGAGCGUCAUACACAACGACUUGAAUGAAUCAAACAUUCUUGUUACCGCGAGUGAUUGGAAAGAGAGAGUAAAGAACGAUAACAUAGACGUGCUGAACGAUUUCGCGUGCAUCGAUUUUGGCGAUAUUUGUGUAUCGUGGACGGUUAUUGAAAUUGCGACGGCGAUGGCGUAUUGUGCUUUGGCUACGCCGAAUGCGCCCAUAGAAAGUUGCGAAAAAAUGCUCGCGGGGUAUGCCAAGACGUUUAGUUUGAACGAACACGAAAUCAAAGUUCUUCCAGUAUUAUUGAUGAGCCGAGUUGCUACUUCUCUCGUGAUGGGACUUUACAGUCACCAUUUCAAGUCGACGGAGGAUGCUGGUUGUGGCGAGAAUCAAGUAAAAAAGGAAGAAAAAGAAGGAGAGUUUCAAGACAACACGGCAUACUUGUUGAAAUCGCAAGAAACUGGUUGGAAUAUUCUCGAAGCGUUCAUACGAGAGACUCCGGAAAAGUUGGCAAACGCGUAUGCGGGAAUAUUUGCUCAUCGUUUAUAG